GGCACAACUACCGAAGUCGGAUCUUGUAGUUGUACUAGCUGGAGUUUCCUUCUGGAAAGCCAUUGGUCUACAUUCGUUCUUCCUGCUUUUUACGUUCCAAAAGAUCUUUUCAAGAUGCGUGCUGCCCUGAUUCUUGUCCUUGCCCUGGUCGGCCAUGGAUUUGCCAGGGAAAUGGCAGCCGAGUGGGAGAUGUUCAAGAUGGAACACGGCAAGAAGUACGCGGACAACAUGGAGGAUGACAUGCGCUACGGGUUGUGGACGAAGGCCAACGACUACAUCAACCAGUUCAACACGGAGGAUCACGGCUUCACGCUGGGCAUGAACCAGUUUGGUGACUUGACUGACGAGGAAUACCUGCAGUAUCUGGGCUACAACUCCAAGCUGCGCCGCAACAGCACCGGCAAGGUUUUCGAGGCCGUCACCGAUCCCAAGGAUCUGCCCACCUCCGUCGACUGGCGCUCGAAAGGAUACGUCACCCCAAUCAAGAAUCAGGCAGCCUGUGGAUCCUGCUGGGCAUUCAGUACCACUGGCUCACUAGAGGGACAACACUUCAAGAAGACCGGCAAGCUCGUCUCUCUAUCUGAGCAGAAUCUGGUCGAUUGCUCACAAGCUGAGGGUAAUCACGGCUGCCAGGGUGGUCUUAUGGACUUUGGCUUCACCUACAUCAAGAAGAACGGUGGAAUCGACACUGAGGCUAGCUACCCGUACACUGCCAAGAACGGCCAGUGCCACUACAACCCGACCAACUCCGGUGCCACCGUCAGCGGCUACACCGAUGUCAAGAAGGAGAGCGAGGCUGACCUGCAGGAGGCUGUCGCCACUGUGGGACCCGUCUCCGUCGCUAUCGAUGCCAGCUCCUCCUCGUUCCGCUACUACAAGUCCGGCGUGUUCUACCAUCUGUUCUGCUCUCACACUCGCCUCGACCAUGGUGUGCUGGCUGUCGGCUAUGGUGUUGACGGAGAGAAGGACUACUGGCUGGUCAAGAACAGCUGGGGAACCACCUGGGGCAAGGACGGCUACAUUGAGAUGGCACGCAACCGUGACAACAACUGCGGAAUCGCCACCUCUGCCAGCUAUCCUCUCGUGUAAGGAUUUCGCAGUGAGCCCACAGGAGUUGUGGUCGAGAGAAGCUAACUCGAACCUAUUUUCUCUUGCGACGAAUUUCUUUUAGUAUUUGGAUUUUUUCAGAACUUUGAAGCUCCAUUGUAGCCUCCAUUGUAGCCUUGUCAUCUUUUCUGUUCAUCUUCUACUCCUUUCACUCUUUUAAGGGAAUUUCCCUGAUUCUAUGUCCAAAGUUCUGUUUUUACAUCGCUUUUAGGUGUUUUUGUCUGUGAAGCCGUUCUCAGCAGAUAGCUAUGGUGCUUAUUUUUGUGGUGGUUUGUGUCAUGCUACCACUGGAAACUAACAUGUUACUUCGUC